AUGACUCCCCCCCCCCCCCCCCCCAGAGGAGGCGUGGCCCCGCGGUCGGGCCGGCGGCUGCAGAUGGUGCUGGUCAACACGGUUGCCUUCAGGGGCGUCUGGCAGAAACAGUUCCUGUUCAGCAGCACGCAGAACCUGCCCUUCACCCUGUCUGACGGGACCGCCGUCAAAGUACCCAUGAUGCACCAGGCCGGCGAGGUCCGCUUCGGUCAGUUCCGGACGGCGUGGGAGCAGCGCUCCACGGAGCUGGAGCUGCCGUACCUGGGCCUCCAGGUGGCGCUGCCCAGCGACAGGAAGACGCCGCUGUCCUCGCUGGAGUCCCAGCUCAGCGCCCGCCAGCUGGCCUCCUGGGACGCGGGCCUGCGCAGAACCAGGAUGGACGUUCUCCUGCCGAGGUUCAGGAUGCAGAACAGGUUCAACCUGAGAUCGGUGCUUCCCGCCAUGGGCAUCAGCGACGCCUUCGACCCCACGGCGGCCGACUUCACCGGAAUAUCAGUGAAGGAGAGUCUCUACGUGUCCGACGCCUUCCAUGAAGUGAGAAUAGACGUCGCAGAGGACGGGACGAAGGCAGCGGCCUCUACAGCCAUGGUUCUCCUGAAGCGGUCCCGAGCUCCGGUCUUCAAGGCGGACCGGCCGUUUCUAUUCCUGCUGCGACAGAUCAACACAGGAUCUAUCUUGUUCAUGGGACGAGUCAUGAACCCCGAGCAACACGCCCCCUGACAGGGUUAGCCGGGUUAGGUUAACCCAAACCCUAACCCUAACCCACAGUAUUUAUUUGUGGA